AUGCUCAAGCGAAAGAACGAAGAGAACGAGGCUUCCGGAGUCAAACGCGUUGCGCUCGAUUCCGAGGCCGUCGAACAACACGACAUCGAUGACGACAAACAAAACACUGCGCCUGUUGUUGCUACAGCAGAUGAAUCAGAAGUUGGCCAGCAGGAUGGAGACCAAAAGCCUGCAGCUGGCCCAAUCAGCAGUCACAAAGUUCAGGACGACGACCCCACGUACGUGCACUUCAGAAUGCUCUGUAACGUGAAGGAAGCGGCCGUAGUGGUAGGGAAAGGCGGCGAAACCAUCAACCGAAUCAAAGAAAUGUCCAAUUGCCGCAUAAACGUGAGCGAGAACGUGAAGGGUGUUCCAGAACGCGUGAUUUCUGUAAGAGGAGGCUCUGAGAACGUGGCGAAGGCGUUUGGUAUCAUAGUAAGGGUGAUUUUAAACGAGCCCCUGGAGCAAGCGUCUUCAUUGGAUUCAAACCAAUUCUUCCUGAGGCUUUUGUUUCCACAUACUAUCAUGGGAUAUAUCAUUGGAAAGAAGGGUGCACGGUUCCGUGAGAUUGAGGAGAACUCAGCUGCGCUUUUGAAGGCAGACGAUCGGACGUUGCCAAACUCAACUGACCGGAUCUUGCAUAUCAACGGAGUGGCAGAUGCGAUUCACAUUGCAGCCUACUAUGUUGCGCAAACCGUGAUAGAGCACAAAGGCUUUGUAACCAAGAUGGUUUUCUACAACCCGGCCAACUACGGAAUCGAUACCCAGCAGAUGUACCCUAUGAUGGGGUCUCCUCCUUCUAGUGCCCACCACCAAAUGAUGAAUAUGGGAAUGGGAAUGAUGGUGGGAGGACCUAUAGGAAUGAUGGGCAGAAACAGCCACCCCAAUGGCGCUGGACGCAUGGGUGGUUAUGGGUAUAUAAACCAAGGGAUGGGCGCAAUGAUGAAACCACAGCCGCCAUAUGGGGCGUAUGUGCCGCACGAGGAAAAGGUGAACCAGGACUUGAUGGUUCCGCAAGAGCAUAUUGGGCUGGUAAUUGGCAAAGGAGGCAAGAACCUUGCCGAGAUACGCGCUUCCUCCGGGUGUUAUGUGAAGGUUAACGAGGAAGUGCCGGGGGCUUUUGAGCGCAAACUCACACUAAUGGGGACCCCCUCAGCGAUCGAACGGGCCACUUAUCUGAUAAGCAACAAAUUGGAAUACGAGAGACAGAGAAAGCAGCAACAGCAGCAACAGCAGUACCAGAACCCACCACAGAGCAAAGGUAACGAUCCCGAGCCGAAACCCGACGCCAUACCUGCCGAAUGA